CUAGUGACGCUGUCCCUUCUUAGUCUUCGAUGGUCCAGCUUUCGAACGUUUAUGACCAUCAGUUUCAACCUUUCCUUCUACUUUCUUUUUUUCAGAACUCUUAUCCUGGUUGAAUCUCUUCUUGUUUCCUUUACGUGUCUUUUCAGUUUUGAACUUUUCUUCCAUUUUAUUUUUCUCAGGAAUGUCCUGCUUGCCAUUCUUCUUUCCCUGGCGUGGUUUUUUAGUUUCAAACUUUUUCUUCAAAUUCUCUUUCUCAGAUACAUCCUGGCUAAGGCUCUUCUUCUUUCCUUUGCUUCCUUUUUCAGUUUCGAACUUUUCUUCCAUUUUAUUUUUCCCAGAAAUGUCCUGUUCGCCACCCUUCUUUCCCUGGCGUGGUUUUUUAGCUGGAAAUCGAAGAGAUGCGGAUAA